GUCAGAUUGUUGUGCCUUAAAAGCUUAUUUAUGAGAAAUAAACAUUUUAUCUGAGCUGCUGUUGUUUAAUAUUUAAUCAAAGUGUUUUCAAGUUUUAAAAUAUAUGUGAUUUAAAAGUUCCAGAUGGAGAAUUAAAGUUAGUUCUGUUGGUACAUUUCUCCUCCUUCAGCUAAACUUAUUAUUGGUUAUUAAUUGAGUCCACAGGUGAGUUUGUUUCUUCCUCUGCAGGUAAAUUCUCACCUGACGGCUCCUGCUGUGUGCGCAUGCGUGAGUGUUUGUAAUCGCCCGCGUCGUGUGUGUGUGUGUGUGUGGGUGGGUGUGUGGGUGCGUGUGCGUGUGCGUGUGUGUGUGUGUGUCUGACCCAGCACACUACUUUCACCUCCGCAGCAGGAAGUCCAGAACCGUAGCUUUAUUUCCUCCUCGCGCCGCCGGUUUUUUCCACCGAGCCGCACAUAAAAGAGAGACACGCGCGAGCUGAUGGCAAGACAAAUUUACGGAGGGUCACUGAGACACGAACACGCAGAGUGGACAUGAAGCAGAUCCUCGUCCUCGCACUCUUCCUCGGCACGGUGUGCUCGUGUAAGAUGUCCCGGUGCUGCAACGACACCGAGCUGAGCGAAGCGGCGGAGAAGAGGCUCCGGAGCCACUACCCGCAGCCCGUGGACAUCCGACCCACCGCUGCCCCCGGAGAGAAGAAGUGCCCGCUGGAUCUCUACCGGCAGCCCCUCUCCAUGGAGCUCAACGUCCGGUCCGUGUCCCCGUGGAACUACGUAGUCCAAACCCUUCCCGACCACUUCCCGUCCAGCUCCACUGAGGCCCAGUGUCUGUGUGCCGGCUGCCUGCUGGUGCAGAGGGACGGCUCGGUGGUGGAGAGUUCAGACUACAACUCUCGCAGCGUCAAGCAGAGCCGAGUGUUUCUGAAGAGGGAGAGCUGCACUACGGGAGGAUAUUAUUUGAGGCCGGUGAUCAAGGAGGUUUCUGUCGGCUGCACCUGCGUUAAAGCGAUCAGCAAGUCCUAGUCGGACCCAGAGACUGGUUAUUUAUAUAUUUAUGUAUUUAUUGAGUCCGGCUGUGAGCUGGAUCUCCACAUUAAUGGCUAUCGUAUAGUUCUCUGCUCAGGAUGCUUAUUUAUUUCCUCUCACUGUAUUUAUUGAUGCUGUAGCUUUCGUCCCAGUGGGACUUCAACGUUUGGCUUCUUUGAAGCACUUAUAGAGAUAAAUAAAGAGAUAAGUUGCAUUUUGCAGAUGAAA